CGGAAGCUUCGUCAGUCGGGAGCCGGGCGCCGGCGGAGACGGACGCGCGAGAGUGAGGGAAGAAGGAAGACAACAACAGAGGCCUGGCUGUGGAUGUCUACUGAGAGAGACCGGCCUUGGGACUCUCUCCACUCGGCUCCAGCUUAGAUUGGGCUCCUUUUCCGACCCAAAGCGGAUUAUUUUGGGGGGCCAGGAUGUGAGAAGCCCAAGAGGGGGGACCCCUUCCUCCUUCCAGCUGUGUAGGCCUCACUUUUGAGAUUCCUUGGCCUGGGCUUGGCUUUGGAAAGGCAGGGCCUUCCUCCCCAUCCCAUUUCCAUCGAUCCCCCCCCUCAGUCAGUCUCUCCCCUUGAUAUUGAUCCUUUUGCCACUAUUGCCAAGGGGUUGGGGACCCUUCCCACCCAUUUCUUUGUUAUUAUCUCUAUUUUGGGGAGGGAAAUUGUGUCAUUUCCCCCCAGAAAUCCCCAUUUGGGGACACUGCACCUUCUUUUGAGACUCAAAUAUUUCCUUCACUGUGGGAUUUUAAUCCACCCCCCCAAAAGGAUAAUAUUUUUUGUCUUGUUUACCUCCAGAAGUCUCCAUUAUUUAGAGACAUUUCGCCUUCUUUUGAGACUCGAUAUCGUAUCUCCUUCUCUGGACAUUGUGGGGUUUUAAUCCACCCCAAAAAAGGACCUUAUUUUCUGAUUCUGUUUACCUUCAGAAAUCCCUAUUUUGGGGACAUUGCUCCUUCCGAUCAAAUUUCCUUCGCUGGACAUUGAAAGGUUUUAAUCCACCCCCAAAAAGGAUAAUAUUUUUUGUCUUGUUUACCUUCAGAAAUCCCCAUUAUUUGGAGCCAAUUUGCCUUCUUUUGAGACUCAAUAUUGUAUUUCCUUCACUGGACAUCGUGGGGUUUGAAGCACCCCAAAAAAGGACCUUAUUUUCUGGUUGUGUUUACCUCCAGAAAUCCCUAUUUGGGGACAUUGCACCUUCUUUCAAGGCUCAAAAUCUUAUUUCCUUCGCUGGACAUUGUGGGAUUUUAAUCCACCCCAAAAAGGAUAAUAUUUUUUGUUUUCUUUACCUUCAGAAAUCCCCAUUAUUUGGGAACAUUUCGCCUUCUUUUGAGACUCGAUAUCAUAUUUCCUUCACUGGACAUUGCGGGGUUUGAAGCACCCCAGAAAGGACAAUAUUUUCUGGUUCUGUUUACCUCUAGAAAUCCCUCUUUGGGGAUACUACUCACUUAUUUGGGGACGUUACUCCAUCUUUUGAGAAUUGAUACCCUAUUUCCUUUGCUGGGCAUCAUUGGUUUUUAAUCUUAACCCAAAAGGAUUGCAUUUUCUGGUUCUGUUUACCUCCAGAAAUCCCCAUAAUUUGGGGACAUCGUUCCUUCCUUUGAGGCUCGAUAUCGUAUCUCUUUCCCUGGACAUUGCGGGGUUUGAAGCACCCCAAAAAGGUUCUGUUUACCUCCAGAAAUUCCCAUUAUUUGGGGACACCGUUCCUUCCUUUGAGGCUCGAUAUCGUAUCUCUUUCCCUGGACAUUGUGGGGUUUGAAGCACCCCAAAAAGGACAAUAUUUUCUGGUUCUGUUUACCUCCAGAAAUCCCUCUUUGGGGAUACUACUCACUUAUUUGGGGAUAUUACUCUAUCUUUUGAGACUUGAUAUCCUAUUUCCUUUGCUGGACAUUAUUGGUUUUUUAAUCCACCCCCAAAAAGGAUCGUAUUUUCCUGUUCUGUUUUCCUAAUUGGCAGGCAUUGCUCUUUCCUUUAAGAGUCAGUAUCUUCCUCCCUUCGCUGGGCAUCAUGUGUUCUUAAGGAUAUUUUCUGGUUCUGUUUUCCUCCAAUUUUGGGGGCAUUUUCCCAUAUCCUAUCCCCUUCCCUGGACAUCAUAGGUUUUUAAUCCACCCAAAAAAAGAUAAUAUUUUUCUGGCUGUUUUUGACGCCAACUCGAGGUGCUAUAAAAGCCUUAAAACCUAUAUAUAUAUGUAUGUAUAUAUAGCGAAGUGCCCCAAUAGACGCCCUGAAUGCACCCCAAAUCCUGUGCCUUUGGCCUCCAUCUCCUCCUCUCCAUCCUUCCUGUUUUCCCCAUGGAGGGGUCAACCUAGGCUUCCUUUCCCCCCCAUAGAGACGACUUCUGGUCCCCCCCUGUUUUUGGGGACCCCAUGCCCCCCCAGUCUCCUUGCUUUGGUGUCAUCCGAAUAGCCAGCUCAGGGCCCCCGACUCCAAUUGUUUGGGGGUCAUGCAGGCCUUUGGGGGCCCUUUGGAGCAGGCCGGGGCCCCCUCUCCCUGGUGCCAGAUGUGAGGCCCCGGCCCCCUUCCCCGCCUCUCCUGGCCCCCCAUCUCUUCCCCUUGGGAGAUCACAAUAACAACCACAACAGCAGUCUCACAACCCUCCCAACUGCCCCCCCCCACCCCCAAAUAAGCCCUCCUGCCUGUCUUGAUGCCCAUCCGGCCACCAUGGAGGCGGUGGGCGACUUUGAAUACAGCAAGAAGGACCUCAUCGGACAUGGCGCCUUCGCCGUGGUCUUCAAAGGCCGCCAUCGCAAGAAGACGGACUGGGAGGUGGCCAUCAAGAGCAUCAACAAGAAGAACCUCUCCAAGUCGCAGCUGCUGCUCGGGAAGGAGAUCAAGAUCUUAAAGGAGCUUCAGCACGAGAACAUUGUGGCCCUCUACGACGUCCAGGAGCUGCCCAACUCUGUCUUCCUGGUCAUGGAGUAUUGCAAUGGAGGAGACCUGGCGGACUACUUGCAAGCCAAAGGCACUCUGAGCGAGGACACCAUCCGCGUCUUCCUGCAGCAGAUUGCGGCCGCCAUGCGCAUCCUGCACGGCAAGGGCAUCAUCCACCGGGACCUGAAGCCGCAGAACAUCCUCCUCUCCUACGCCAACCGCAGGAAGUCCAGCCUCAGCGGCAUACGCAUCAAGAUAGCCGACUUUGGCUUUGCCCGCUACCUGCAGAGCAACAUGAUGGCAGCCACCCUCUGCGGCUCCCCCAUGUACAUGGCGCCCGAAGUCAUCAUGUCUCAGCACUACGACGCGAAAGCUGACCUUUGGAGCAUCGGGACCGUCAUCUACCAGUGCCUGGUGGGAAAGCCCCCCUUUCAGGCCAAUAGUCCGCAAGAUUUAAGGAUGUUUUACGAAAAGAACAGAAACCUGAUCCCCAGCGUCCCCCGGGAGACCUCGCCCUACUUGGCCGACCUGCUCCUGGGUUUGCUCCAGAGGAACCAGAAGGACCGGAUGGACUUUGAAGCCUUCUUCGGCCACCCCUUCCUCGACCAGGUCCCCACCGUCAAAAAGUCGUGCCCGGUUCCUGUCCCGGCCUACACGGGGUCGGUGUCCGGCAGCUCUUGCGGGAGCUCCCCUUCCUGCCGCUUCGCGUCUCCCCCAUCUCUCCCGGACAUGGGGCACAUCCAGGAGGACGCCCUCUCGUCCCCCCCGCUGGGGCCGCCCAACUUCCUCCAGGUCUCCAAGGAGUCGGCCAGCACCAGCAGCAAGAACUCCUCCUGCGACACCGACGACUUCGUCCUCGUCCCACACAACAUCUCCUCCGACCAGUCCUAUGAUAUGCCCCUGGCGGCCGCUGGGCGGAGGGCGUCGAGUGAGUUCCUGAUGUGCGGAGGAGGGCCCUGCCAGCCCCCGGCCGUCUCCCCUCGCAGCGAGACGGCGCCCAUCCCGGUGCCCACCCAGCUGCGUAACUACCAGCGCAUUGAGCAGAACCUGACCUCCGCCGCCGCCACUGCCGCCAGCCCCGGCUCCAACCCCCACGGCUCCCCCAGGUCGGGGGCGGUGCGGCGCUCGAACACCAGCCCCAUGGGCUUCCUGAAGACGGGCUCCUGCUCUCCGGUGCCGGCCGACGGGCGCAGGCUCUCCACGGGCUCCUCCUCGCGGCCGUACUCCCCCUCGCCCCUCGUGGGCACCAUCCCGGAGCAGCUGGGCCACUGCUGUUGUGGGCAGCUCCAAGGGCAUGAGUCCAGGAGCAGGAACUCCUCAGGCUCCCCGGCACCGGCCUCGCACUCCCCGCAGUCCCUGCUGAUGGCCGGCGCCCGGCUCCAGAGCGCCCCGACCCUGACGGACAUCUACCAGAACAAGCAGAAGCUCCGGAAGCAGCACUCGGACCCGGUCUGCCCCUCGUACGCCGGCCACGGCCACCCCGCGCCUCAGCAGCCCCCCCGCCCGGUCAGCCUGGGCACCUCGCCCACCAAGCACCCCGGCUCCUCUCCCCGCGGCUCCGACUGGCUCUUCAAGACCCCGCUGCCCACCAUCAUCGGCUCCCCCACCAAGGCUACGGCGCCGUUCAAGAUCCCCAAGACGCAAGCCUCCUCCAACCUGGUGGGCCUGCUCGCCCGCCCGGGAUCCGCCGAGGCCCAGCUCCUGCCGGCCAAAGAACCGGGCGAAACGGCACGGGAGUUCCCCCACUUCCAUUCCACGCAGGGGGCCGAGCGCCAGGCCCAGCAACAACAGCAUCAUCACGGGAAAGCCCUCUUCGGCAGGUCCGUCAGUACCGGGAAGCUGUCUGACCAGCAGGCCAAGGCCGCUCUGGGGGGGCAGGCCUACCAGGGCAGCACGGACAGCCUUAACGCCGAGCGCCCCAUGGACACGGCUCCCCCGGCGGCCUGCGUCCUGGCGGCCCCCCCGCCUUGCCUGGGCCCCGCAGCCGGUCCCCGGGCCGUGAUGUUCACCGUGGGGUCCCCGCCCAACAGCGCCACCCCUCCCGCCUGCGCCCACAUGCUGCUCCGCGCACGCACCACCUCCGUGGGCUCCAACAGCUCUGGGGGCUCGCUGUGCUCGACCAGCGGGCGUGUCCCGGUGGGCUCCCCCCCGGGGAUGUACGGGGCGGGGUCUUCUCCCCCCGGGGCGGAAGCGGCCCCUUCCUGCUUGAAGCACAUGUCUUACGGCACGUCCCCGCCCAGCUUGGAGGGCUUCAUCACCUUCGAAGCCCCCGAAUUGCCCGAGGAGACGCUCAUGGAGAGGGAGCACACGGACACGCUGCGCCACCUGAACCUGAUGCUGGCCUUCACGGAGAGCGUCCUGGAGCUGACCGCCGUCCGGAGCGGGAACCCCGACCUCUGCGCCUCGGCCGUCUCUCUCUACCAGAUCCAGGAGAGCGUGGUCGUGGACCAGAUCAGCCAGCUCAGCAAGGAAUGGGGGCAAGUGGAGCAGCUGGUUCUGUACAUGAAGGCGGCCCAGCUGCUGGCCUCCUCCUUGCACUUGGCCAAAGCACAGAUCAAGUCCGCCAAGCUCAACCUCUCCACCGCCGUCAAGCAAGUGGUCAAGAACCUGAACGAGCGCUACAAGUUCUGCAUCGGGAUGUGCAAGCGCCUGACGGAGAAGCUGAACCGGUUCUUCUCGGACAAGCAGCGCUUCGUGGAUGAGGUCAACAGCGUCACCGCCGAGAAGCUCAUCUACGCCUGCGCCGUCGAAAUGGUCCAGUCUGCGGCGCUGGACGAGAUGUUCCAGCAGACGGAGGACAUAGCGUUCCGGUACCACAAGGCAGCGCUCCUGCUGGAAGGCCUGGCCAAGAUCCUCCAGGACCCGGCCGACAUCGAGAACAUCCACAAAUAUAAGGCCAGCAUCGAGCGGAGGCUCUCGGCCCUUUGCUACGGUGCCGUGGCCGUUUACGAAGCGUAGCGGGACCCGCCGUCUCCGCAGUGGCCCCACCACCAAAGAGAAGAUCCCAAACGGGCAGCCGGUUCCGUUCCUUGUAGACCGUUAACGGGAUCCCGAACGCUUGGAAUGGCGGCGGAGGCUGGCCUUGCACCUCGUCCUUCGCAGAAGCCGCCGAGCGAGCGAGGGACUGACUUCGUUGUCGUACAAACAAAAGAAUUGCGGGAGAGGAUUCCUGUAUAGAUACAAAUAUAUAUAUAUAUAUAUUUCCCCCCUCUUCCCCUUUUUGUGGAACUAAUCCCGAACUUUUGGUUCCAUUUGGGAAUCUUUGUAAAUAACUGGAGAGGAAAACCUGCACCUUUGGAAAAUAAUAAUAAUUAUAAUAAGAGUAAUAAUUGAACAGACAAACAAAGAAAAAGACGGGGCGAAACAACAGAACGACGGGAGUUUUUAUUUGAUCUCGAUUCGGACGAUAUUUUAGUCGUUUUUCCCCGCCGCUCCGAACCACUUUUAUAUUGCACUAAUUACGUACUAAAGGAACGACGUGUUUGUGUUUUGGGGAGAGGAAGAUGGACGUGCACACGAAAAGGCACAACAACGGGAGAGGAAGCGCUUCCCUUUGCCGCACAGGAAGGAGGAAGAACCAUACCAUCUCGAUGUCGACGGCUCCACCCAUCCGGGCCCGGGGCUUCUCCCGGUUUUGUAUCUCCGUCGGAUCGUCUUUCGCUUUCCGGGCGCCCGAAUCCACCUCUUCCUCGACCAUUUUGAACAGACUUCCUGCGGCCGCAUGUGACAAAUUGUACAGUGUUGCCCUGUAUUACCUGUUUUUUAAAAAUAUUAUUAUUAUUAUUUAAUGUUUGGUUCCAUUUUGGAUAAAGACGUUAAUACAGUUUCGAUCUACAAACUCA